GUACAUUGUUGUUGGUCGAUAUGAUAUGGGCUCGUCGUCUGUUCUCCAUACUACAUCGGACAGACCAAGGUCUAUUGCCGGGUCUGAGACGUUUUCCGGAGGUCUAAGGUCAAUUAUGCUGAAGGAUACGCCGAGGGCUUUCCAUUCACACUUGAAGACCGACAAGGCAGCACCCUACGAGCCCCUACAGCUACAUCAUUCAAAGAAACUGAUUGUCAAUAACCUUGAUAUUCCGAUGGGACUUACAAUGCACGCAAAUACGUAUGCACUUAUGUCAACUCCCCUGAAACUAUAUUAAAGCAUGCUAAAUUCUUA